GUUUCGCAGCGUCACACAUAGCGUGCGGUCUGUCCAAAAAACAGCUGUUCUGUCAGCCGUCAGAUGCAGCCGGAGAAGAAACACCGCCAACACUCUCUGGUCUGACUGCAGCCAUGGCCACAGCCCACUCCGUGUUUACUGUAGCUGUCUGCAUUCUCAUGAUCUCAGAGCUCAUCCUGGCUGAGGAAGACUACUAUGAGGUCCUGGGUGUGACCAAAGACGCCUCUGAGCAUCAAAUCAAGAAGGCCUUCCACAAACUAGCCAUGAAGUACCACCCAGACAAGAACAAGAGCCCAGAUGCAGAGGCAAAGUUCAGGGAGAUUGCUGAAGCAUAUGAAACACUGUCUGACGCCAAAAGGAGGAAAGAGUAUGAUCAGAUGAGGAGUAGUCCUUUCAGAGAGCACAGAGAGAGCACAAGAGCAGGCGGCAACCACUUCCAUCAACCAUUCAGCUUUGACUUUGAGGACAUUUUCAGAGACUUCGAUGUUUUUGGACAGUCAGCACACUCCCAGCAUAAGAGGCACUUUGAAAGCCACUUUCAGUCCCACAAGGAGGCACACACAAGACAAAAUAGGCACUUUCAGAGUUCUUUCGGCGGUGGCAUGUUUGACGACAUGUUUGCAGAUAUGUUCUCUUUUGAUGGACACUCAGGCAGUACUGGCAAUGGCUUUCAGGGUUCUACCAGACAGCAGCACUGCAGGACAGUCACUCAGCGCAGGGGAAACAUGGUGACCACAUACACAGAGUGCUCCUGAUCUAAACUCAGAUAGUCUUGACUAGGGGAAUUCCACCAAUUAUUUAUUUAUUUUUUAAACAAGGUUAUUCAGAGGGGUUUAAUAUGAAAUGGUGCAGUAUAGAGAAGCUUAUUAGCGUGGAUUGAAACUGUUAAAUAUACAAAACAAAUGGCCUAAAUCUGAAAAUUAAUCUUUUUGGGGUAUUAUUUUGCAUCUCAACAUUUUGCAUAGAUAAAAAAAACAAAGCAAAAGCAUAUUUUACAACUAUUGUAAUAUCUGGCAUAAGUCAGUGUAUUAAUCAUUUAUCCAUAUAUUAUGUUUCUGUGGUGUAGCUUUUAGAAGCAUUACACUCUUUAGACUUAAUGUUUCACUUACCAUUUUUGGGAAAAAUGACUUUCAAUUUUACAUCUUAAAAACAACAUUUUAGAAAAAUUGGAGGAAUUCCCCUUUAACAACCUUUGAUUUAAUGUUAAUUUAAUUUCUUGCUUCUGGAUUUCAAACAGUAUUGGUAUCAUUUUUGAAAGCAUAAUACAGAGUUAUGCCAUGCCAGAACAAAGCAUGCGCUGUUAAAAGCAAAAUCUGAUUUAAGUACAGGGUGAAAGGAAUAGUUUGGAUCUUUUACUUUUAUCGUGAAUAAAAGUAAUAAAUAAGCCACAUGAAAUAAAAGUGGGCUUUUAUGCAUGGCUUAAUAUUGUUGCUUCCAUAUGCAAAAAGCCUGGUGAAGUAAUACCGCUUUUAGGUGGGUUUAAUAAGCUAAUGCUGCCAUGAUACCAAGAUAAUAAUGUAUCAAUAAUAAUCAUAAAUAUUUGGAGUGUGUUGGGAUGUGUGGUAAGUGCGUUCUUGGUUAGAUUUAACCAGUCAGAACUCAAACUGUUCAGUUAAACAUUGUGUGUUUUUAUUGUUUUGUUGUGUGUUGCACAGCCUUAAAAAAAGAGGAACUUGUUUACAGCCAUCUGUCCAAUAGAUAUGUCAGUUCCUGUAUCUUUCUAUCUUUCUUUUUUUCCCUUACACAGCAGGGUCUGUGACCAGUCAGUUCUCAUCUCACUUCUGAAGGAGACAUGCUGGUCCUGUUUAAAUAUCACUGGAGGUAAAGGAGUACUUUGGCAUUUUUCCACCCAACCUGUAUCCGCCACAUUGAUUACAUAUGGUUGAUUACCACACUGGCUGUGUUGUACUCUGCUUACAAGAGACCUGAAAUCUUGUUGACUCAAAACACACCUAUAAUAGAAGUCAAUCGGUGGGCAUGUCUGAUUUGAGUCAACAUUGUUUCUAGAUAAAGAAAAAUGACUGUUUGUGGUAUUCAGCCAUACCAUAUAUGCUUUUUAACGAGAUACUCAAUGGCUUAGGCACAGAUCUGUGGAGGUACUUUCAAAAGUAUGCACCCAUCAAGCCUGCAUUGGCCUAUUGCACUUGAAAUUGAAACAGUCUCCUUUAUGUUCCAGUUUUUUCCAGGGUGGAGCUCUAGCUCCUGCCUGCUUGAGCCAUUAUCAACCUUUAUUCCUUAUAAUUCUCAGCAUUCAUGCUCUUAGGGGGAACCUGUACCCUUUUUUCUGUCUGGGAAUCCUGUUCAAUAACAUCAGUAAUAUAUACAACCUUUUCAGACCCUCAGGCCUAACAGCAACUUCCAUGGAAUUUUGGACAAGUACUGUAUUUGCAUUCAGUGAGAGGUGAAAGAUACGUUGCCUAAUGUAGUUUACUAUGAUCUGUUUUUUUUCAUGCCACAUAAUAAAAAAAUAUAAAUUGAGGAUCUGUCAUUCCUUUUAAGAAUGAUUAAACGGGUUUGUGUUGGCCGCCGCAUGAAUUGUGAUGAUGCCUUUGAUUUAUAGCUGCAAUAGACAAUGACAGUUUUUCACACAGGAUUUCCCUCGUCUCUUUCUUUCUUGCUUUACCAACUGUUACCUCAUGUCAUAGCUUUGAUGACAUACAGAAUAAUGUGCAAUAUUAUAACUAGCACUUUAUGUGCUUCUUUCUUAUGUUUGUUUGUUUUUGUUUUAUUUUUCUAUGUGCUGUCCAAAAUACAUGAUGAUAAUUUAUGAUUGUGUGUAUUGAUCAAAUGCUCUUCUUUUGUUGCUUUGAUGCCAUUAAAUAUGCCCUGCAUACAAUGGUUUUAA